AUGCGCCAGACCCUUCGCCGGUCGUGUGCUGCGUGUGCUAGAGCCAAACACAGUUGCGAUCUCCGCACACCUCGUUGCGCGCGGUGCAUCAAACGCAAAAUUCACUGCGUUUAUGCGAAUGCACCCGCAACGGCGCCGGCAGCAUCCGGUCAGGAAGAGGGUCAAUUAAUAAGGAGGCCUCUGGAAAAGUUUAACUUGACGGACGGCCGGCUCGGUUCUCUCGAUCCUUUCGAUUCAUACCCGCAGACAAGACUUCCGCGGGAGCGCGUCCAGCGUCUCAUUCAUAGCUUCAUUCACAAAAUUGCUUUUCAAUACUACCCCCUUGACUUGAACGCAGCCUCGAAUCCUUUUCUCGUCUCUUGGUGGCCGCUUGCCCUCGGUGACCCCGCGUUGUUCCAUGUCUCCCUGCAGACGGCAUGUCUAGACGAGGAGUUGCUGGCCCAAAAGGGCUUCCAGGCAUCGGAGAUCCUUAUGGCCGACUCUGUCAGGCUACUACGCCGCAAAAUUGAGGAUGUGUCGCUGGCGGUACAAGACGGGACGAUGGACUCUGUCAUCACGUUAGCAGCCAUCGAAUUUGGUAAAGGCAACACUGACAUAAGCAACAUGCAUGUUGACGGGGUGAAGAAGCUAGUCAAGAUGAGAGGCGGCAUCAACGCGGUCAGACAGACGAGCCCGCUUACCGCAAGAAUGGUCAGCUGGGUGUCGAUGCUUGUCACGGGCCGUCCUCAGUUCGAGACGCAAAACGACCUCGGCAUUGGAGACGGUAUUCCUCCCGUUCCGGAAUGGCAGAUUGAUUCGUUCACGCUUCAUAACCUGCCCGGGUUGGAAAGUGUAGAUGUCGAAUACGAAGUCCUAAACGUCUAUCACCGUCUACGAAACGCCUUCCACCGAGCACAGCGAAUACCCUUCCCACCUACGCAACUGCACGACCUCACAUGCUUUGUCAUCCAUCGAUUGUUACUUGCAGCUCCAGAUACUACGUCCUCUCCAUCGUCGCCGGUCACGGAAUGUCUUCGGUAUGGGAUUGUGCUCUACAUGUUCAUUGUGCAGGGGCCGACGUAUUUUUCGCAUGCGGUCAUACUCAAUACCAUUGUCGCCCGGUUAAUGAGCCACAUUACUGAGCUUGAGUCGAUACACCAUGAGUAUGGCUUCUUUGAUGUCUGGCUCCUUGCGGUGGGAAUGGUGGCGUCGGCUGGAACAGCUCACUACUCGUGGUUCGUGGAGCGAGCACGGGCCAUGGCUCGGUCUCUCGAUUUUGAGAGCUGGAAUGAGGUCUUGGUCAACAUGAAGAAGAUCCUGUGGCUGGAGACUGUGCCGAUAGAGAAUACGUUUCGACCUCACUGGGAUAGGAUGUUCAAUGCUGCGGAUGCCACUGGGGUGUUGGAUCUGUCCCAAUGUGCGGGACCCGAAAGUGUGAAGGCAGGGACGAUUGAUUCUAGACAAGACCUUAUCAAGUUGUAG